AUCACUUCCGGGUAAAAGGGCAUCAACAUGGACUCGGGAGAAGUCCUCGCCUCUCUGGGUGUGAAAGGAGCUGCAGCCGCGGCACAUGCGCUCUCUCUGCCUGCCGAGGCCUACGGAAAUGAUGCUCAGCUGGAGGUGAUGUGGGCGAUGAAGGCCUACAACCAUGCAGAAGUUUACUUCAAUCUCAUUUCUUCUGUGGACCCCAAGUUUCUGAAACUCACAAAAAUGGACGACAUGAUCUAUUCCAAGUUUAGGGAAGACUUCCCAGACUUUGAUAUCAAGAUUCUGGAUCCAGAUUUGCUCAAGUCGGCAGAAGCGAAAGAGAAAUGGAGGCCUUUUUGUAACCACUUUGAAGGCCUGGUCGAAGACUUUAACUACGGUACGUUACUGCGUCUAGACUGCGAGAAGGACUACACAGAGGAGAACACGAUAUUCGCCACCAGAAUCCAGUUCUUUGCCAUUGAGAUCGCAAGAAACCGAGAAGGUUACAACAACGCCGUGCACGAUGCCAGUGUGAAGGUGAAACAGCAGAAGAAAGAGCAGAGUUAACAGCAAGAGCAUUACAAUCCAGUGGCCUUGUUUUCAUAUUUUAGGCCUUGUUUGGUUUGUGUUGCUAGUCUGACAUUCUUACAGUCCACAUGAGUCACAUCACGGGUUUGUGUUGCUAGUCUGACAUUCUUACAGUCCACAUGAGUCAUAUAAUGGAGGGGAAAAAAAAAAUAUUUUUAUGCACAUGUGGAGAGAAACUGAAACUAAACCCCUCAGUACAAAUAUUUAAAAACACAUUAGAUGUCUGUAAUUCAAGGUUUUUCAUGUAUUUUGUUUGUUUUGCUUCUGUCUAUUCUUUAACAAUUAAACCCCCAAACCGGGUCUCAGUAUUUAAUACUUUUUGCGAGAAAUUUAAGUUUUACUUCAUGUGUAACCACGUUGAACAUGUUCAUGUGUUAAAUGUCUAUUAAACUGCGAAAUGUUUCCAGUU